CACACACACUCGUCUCUGGGUUUGUCAGCUCUAAUAAUAGUGUGGAUCAGGUUCAGACUUCAGCUCAACACAAUCAGAGCAGCAGCAGCAGCCUUUUCUCUCUCUGUUUUACUUCAACUUCUGCUUUUCCAAUUUUCCAAUUUUUUAAUUCAGACUUGGUUUUGAAAUUGUCUCUCUCUCUCUCUCUCUCUCUCUCUCUCUCUCUCUCUCUCUCUCUCUCUCUCUCUCUCUCUCUCUCUGUGGCUUAUAACCGGGUUUUUUUUGGUUCUGGACUCACUCAUGCAGCGCUAUGACACCUCCUUCUCCUUGCCCUCCUCAGCUUGGGUAGAGAAGGUCAGUGCUGAGGAGGUGGAGACUGUGGCUCAGCAAACAGGGGUUUUUAAUGAGGAGGAGGAGGAGGAGGCGGAGGAGGAGGUCACACCUACUGACUCAGACUCAGAGGCAAAAGUACCACCUCUGGAAAGUAAGAAUGGAAAGAGGACAGAAGGCAGCCGUGGAGGAAGAGGAGGAGACGCAGGAGGAGGAGGUUCCAAACACUCUAUGUUUACCUGGUUUGUGGUCCUGGCUCUGCUGGGAGUGUGGACCUCCAUGGCUGUGGUCUACUUUGACAUUGUGGACUAUGACAGCGUCAUCGCCAGAGCAAAGGAGUUUCACACAAACUUUUCUGAGGUUUUACAAGGUAAACUGAAGGCCUACGACUCGGACGGAGACGGAGACUUUGACGUGGAAGACGCUAAAGUCCUGCUCGAGCCUCCGGUGCAAGGCAAGUCUCUGCGCGCGGCUCUGAGGGCGGAGCUGAGGGCGAUCCACGAGAAGAUGGAGGCCAAGAGGAUCGCCCGCAUCGCACUGGCUGAGAUCAGGGCGCUCCUCGCCGAGGAGGCGGAGCAGAGGGAGGCGGCCUGGGCCGCCAAGAGGAAGACACUGGAGGAGGAGGAGCGGCUGAGAGAGGAGAGGAAGAGAAGGGAAGAGGAGGAGCGACUGAGAGAGGAGAGGAAGAGGAGAGAGGAGGAGGAUCGACUGAGAGAGGAGAGGAAGAGGAGGGAGGAGGAGGAGGAGGAGGAAAGAACCAAGAGAGAAAAGGAAGAGAAGGAAGAGAAGGAAAGGAUGGAGAAAGAAAAGGUAGAAAAAGAAAGGAUGGAGAAAGAAAAGGCAGAAAAAGAAUGGAUGGAGAAAGAAAAGGUAGAAAAAGAGAGGAUGGAGAAAGAAAAGGCAGAAAAAGAAAGGGUAGAAAAAGAAAGGAUGGAGAAAGAAAAGGCAGAAAAAGAAAAAGAAAGGAUGGAGAAAGAAAAGGCAGAAAAAGAAAGGAUGGAGAAAGAAAAGGCAGAAAAAGAAAGGAUUGAAAAGCAAAAGGCAGAAAAUAAAAGGAUUGAAAAAGAAAGGAUGGAGAAAGAAAAGGCAGAAAAGGAAAGGAUGGAGAAAGAAAAGGUAGAAAAAGAAAGGAUGGAGAAAGAAAAGGUAGAAAAAGAAAGGAUUGAAAAGCAAAAGGCAGAAAAAGAAAGGAUGGAGAAAGAAAAGGCAGAAAAAGAAAGGAUGGAGAAAGAAAAGGUAGAAAAAGAAAGGUUGGAGAAAGAAAAGGCAGAACAAGAAAGGUUGGAGAAAGAAAAGGCAGAAAAAGAAAGGAUGGAGAAAGAAAAGGUAGAAAAAGAAAGGAUGGAGAAAGAAAAGGCAGAAAAAGAAAGGAUGGAGAAAGAAAGGAUUGAAAAGCAAAAGGUAGAAAAAGAAAGGAUGGAGAAAGAAAAGGUAGAAAAAGAAAGGGUGGUGAAAGAAAAGUUAGAAAAAGAAAGGGUGGAGAAAGAAAAGGUAGCCAGAGAAGAAAGGGAACAAGUGGAGAAGGAAAGACUGGUGAAGGAGAGGAUAGAGAGGGAACGUAUCGCCAGAGAAAGAGAGAGAAUAGCCAAGGAGAGAGAGAGGAGGAAGAGAGAGGAGCAAGAGAAGGAAAGGGUCGCCGAAGCGGAGAGGAUCAUGAAGGAACGAGAGAGGACGGAGAGAGAGAAAGCUGAGAAAGAACGGAUCACCAAGGAAAGAGCGGAAAAAGAGAGGACAGAGAGAGAGUGCGUCGCUCAGGAGAGAGAGAGAGCGGAAAGAGAAAAGCAAGUGAGGGAGAGGAUGGCGAGAACAGCGCGAGAGAAGGAAGAGAGACCAAGAAUCGCCCAGGAGAAGGAGAGAGAGCGGUUGGCCAAGGAGAUGGCGGAUCGAGAAAGAUCGCAGAAGGAAAGAGCGGCGAGGGAAGAGAGGGAGCGACAGAAUGCAGAGGAGGAGAGAGGAGGACGAGAGCGGGAGGCGAUGGAGAGACAGAGGCUCAGCCGAGAAAGAGCUCUGCGUGACAAGACUGAGGCGGAGAAACUGCGAAACAUCGCAAAGCUCAACACCACCAGACGAGAAAUUCAGACGAGAAACCCAGACAUCUCUCACCUGAGAUCUGCGACAGCCGAGGAGAAGAAGGUGUUAGCAGUCAGAAGAAAACGCAAAAGUGACGCACAAAGUUAGCGCUAACGCUACGUAUUUUCGCAAUGAAACGGCUACGUCCAAAAAAACGCUAUAUAUUCAACGGGCCCGGCGAGUGUUAAAGAUCCACCAAAACCUCCAAAGGUCGUAGGUCAAGUUCUUUGAAGUGUCGUACGAGGUACUGAGCGAUAAAGUCUACAAUGAUCGCAAUAAAACGUACGCGACAUCAUCUCUCUGUGAGACACUGUUUGUAAACCACUCACUCUCCCACACCAAACCUCAUAGAGAAAAUCAGUGAUUUUAACAUCACAGCACACAGGAGUUGAUCCACUGCUGCCUCGUGUGGGCACUUUGUCAAUGGGGUUUGGUGUGGGAGAGUGAGUGGUUUACAAACUUCAGUUUCCUGUUGGAAAAGUCUGUCUCACAGUGAAAUAAAGACAUGAACAUGUUCUUAAAGACAUCGUAGACCUAAACUUAAGCCGAGUCUGUUGUUGGAUAAUUUUUUCCACGAGUCUCCGCUGGCAGCCAUUUUGUGUCUCAGCCUGGUUUUCAGCGUGUCAAUACCUCAUACGACAACUUUUUCUUUAACUUAGUGACUUUGGGAUAUCAUUUUGUCACAAUUUUAAGUUUUUUUCAAAAUUUUUCGUAAACUGAAUUUAGAAGAAAGUGUUCUUCGUUCUUCAUUGAUACAAACAAAUGAAGUAGAUUUUGGGGCUUGUGUGUCAUUGUUUCUGAAAGUCUCUCUCAUUUUUAACGGGGUUUGUGCAGUGUGGAGACAGUACGAGUGUUUUCGUUCAGUCUGGUUUGGAUGUAAAUAUGAGCAGCAGCAGGAACUCAGGUUUCGCGGUGACGUCCGUCUCCGGUGGAAACCACUCGGGUUCGUUUUCUGCACCUUUUUCAUAAAAAGGGUGUGAAUGAAGACGAGUGAGCCGGACCAGAGAAUCCACACCACUGUUUCUUUUCUCCUUUUAACCCCGAUCGUGUCUUUGUUUCACUGUGUAACAACAGUGUCGUGUUACAGCCGCUGACUGCAUGACUUUACUGUCUUUGCUGUCGUGUUAUUUAAAACCUCCUCAUGUUGAAAAGGAGUUGAAUUACAGAAUUCGCCUCAGUGACUUUGAGUUAUACUUGAGAGUUUGUUGUAAAUCAUAACACUUAAUAGAUAUUUAGAGAAGUUUUACAACGUACAUUUAUUUUUCUGCCCCAAAAACAGCCUCUCCCAACAGGAAACUGACAUUUGAAAACCACUCACUCUCCCACACUAAACCCCAUAGAGAAAAUCUGUGAUUUUAACAUCACAGCACACAGGAGUUGUUGAUCCACUGCUGCCUCCAUCACUAAGUUAAAAUGUCUUUUCGGCUUUUAAAAUCCUUCGUUUGGAUUUAGUUAAAUGACACAAAGUGACCACACGAGGCAGCAGUAGACCAGCAGCUCCCUGUGAGCUAAAAUCACUUAUUUUCUCUAUGGGGUUUGGUGUGGGAGAGUGAGUGGUUUACAAACUUUCAGUUUCCUGUUGGAAAAGUCUGUCUCACAGUGAAAUUCUAUUGAGACGUUAUGGACUUUAUGAACAAGGGUAAUGAUGAUCACAAUAACUGCAGUGUCUGUGAUACUGAAAAAGAAACGUUUUUUCCACGUUUUGUUCCGUUCACAUGUUUUAAUUUAGUCCUUUGACACUUAUAAAAAUCGGCUUUUAUUUCAAAAGGAGAUAAAUAAAUGGAAUGGAAAUGU